GCGGCACCGGGCGGCCAGACCUCCCUGGGGUCGAGCCCUCCUGCUGGUGCACCACCUCCAGGCCCGCGACUGGACGCUCAGGGUCGCCGCCGGCCCGCACCGCCAGCCGCCGGGAUGUGCGACUGCUUCCACGUGGUGCUGCCCACCUGGCCUGGAGCCCCCGGCAGCGUGUCUGGUCGACAGCUGCAGCCGCAGGAACCGGAGGCCGAGACUGAAGAGGACUUCUCUGUGACUGAAGGGCCUGUGGAGGAGAUCAUUCGACCAAGGCCACAGGGAUCAUCGCCUGUCUACGAAUGCAAGGCUGAGGGUGCCGGCUUUGGAGCCCAGGAAGACAACCCAGGCAGGCGCGGUUCCUCUGGGAGACGAAGAUCCUGGUGGAAACGGCAUUCAGGGGAUUCCACAGCUUUCUCCAACAUGAGCCGUCCAGAGUCUGUGCAGGAGGCAACGGAGGUGACACUGAAGACUGAGGUGGAGGCAGGAGCCAGUGGCUACAGUGUCACAGGUGGAGACAAGGGGAUCUUUGUCAAGCAAGUGCUGAAGGACUCCUCGGCCGCAAAGCUGUUCAGCCUGAGAGAAGGAGACCAGCUGAUCAGUGCAACCAUAUUCUUUGACCACAUGAAAUAUGAAGAUGCUCUCAAAAUCCUUCAGUACUCAGAGCCAUACAAAGUUCAGUUCGAAAUCAAACGGAAGCUCCCUGCCAGCGAGGAAGAAUGGGCCAUCCAUCAUCCUCAGCAAGGCCCAAAGGGCCAGGAGAAGCAGGACAAGGAUGAUGCUGAUGGGUGCAUGGAGACCCCCACAAAGACUCUAGAGGCAGAUGGAGACCAAGAGAGGCUUAUUUCUCAGCCCAUGGAGAGUCGUGGGAGAAGGCCCCAGGAAAGACUCUCUUGGCCAAAAUUUCAGUCCAUAAGGAGCAAGCAGGGACUGGGCCCCCGACGAUCACACAGUUCCUCAGAGGCCUCAGAGCACAGGCAUGGGCCUUAUAUGUCCCCCACAAGCACAGACACAGAGGCCCAGCUGCCACCUGAGAGUCAGAAGCAGAAGAAGGAAGGGUCAGGCAGCCGAAGAAGAAAGUUUCUGAACUUGAGAUUUGGGAUGGCCUCAGGGCAGGGCCAGAUUGCAACUAGACUAACAGGCACAGAGUCUCAGGGAAAACCAGGUCCUGCAGAGGUGCUCGAGGACUCACAGCCCAGAGAGGUUAAGUCAGAGAGCACAGAGGUGGCAAUCAGGACCAGGAGAAAGGAUACGCCACAGACUCCAGGACUCAUGACCAUGCAGGUGACCACACAGGACUCCAGCCACACAAACCUUGGUAAAGGAACCCCUGGAGAAGUGACAGUCAGGACAGACAGGCGCCAAAGGAAGACAAAGGAAUUGAAGAAGCAGGAGACUGAGAAGGUGGUCAGCCAGUCCAGAGCAGAGGCAGACGCAGGAGCAACCUGGGAGGACGAAUGGGAGGAAGUCCACUGUCUGGAAAUUGGGAUUGCAAAAUUGUCUCUGAGAGACAAACCGGAGCAGGACAGCACACAGGUCUCAGUAAACGUCUUGAAGACAACAGACAUUGGAUUUGAUGAGGAAAAGAUGACACACAUUCGAACAGAGGCCAAAGACGAUGGAAAAAAGAAAAAGGAACAGGGAUAUACAAUUGAAGAGGAAGGGACAGAAACGCAGGAACAAGGACAAUCAUGCCACUCAGCAAAAGAACAAACACCACCUGACAAAAAAGAGAGGAAAGGGAGACGGGAGGAGGGAAAGAAAAUGGAAGACGAAGAAGAGGAGAAAGAGAGAGGACAGGCCAGGGUAAAGAUACCCAGAUUCAAAAUGCCAAACUUUGGAUGGUCCCCAACUAAAGAAGUCAAAACACGAGGAAAAAAUGAAACAAAAGGAAUAGAAAAAGGAACAGAAGAUGGAGAAAAAGAAAACGCAGAAAAAAUAGCAAUACAGGUGGAUGGAAAGAAACUGGAGGAGAGAGGGGAAGAAUCAUCAGACAGAGGAGGGAACAGGACAGAGCCCAGAGACAUAGUAAACACAGACCAGAACAUAACUGAAGGUCAUGUUGAACUGGACAACAAGGACAGCAAAUUCAGCUUCUCAGCACCUGGAAAGACCAUCAAGGACUCACUGGAGGUGGUGGCAGCAAAGCCACAAACAGACACGGCCCUGCCCUGCAUCCAGGGUGACCUGAAGACCGCUGAUGUCAACAUUCAUCUGCCCUCCACUGACCUGGAGGGAAAGACCCGCCAGGUGGAUAUCAAGCUGCCGGUGGGCCAGCUGCCCGAGGGAGAGGUGGCCGCAAACGCAACCGUGGAAGCUGGCCUGAAGGAUAACCUACCCAAGGUGCAGAUGGCCAGCCUAAAGAUGCCCAAAGUGGACCUCAAGGGACCCCAAGUGGACCUGAAGGGCCCCAAAGCCGAGGUGACCGCACCUGAGGUGGAGAUGUCUCUGACUGGAGUGGAGGUGGAUUUCAAGGCCCCCGGUGCCAAGCUGGAGGCGGACCUGGCCCUGGCCGACAGGGACACUGUGGCCACCAAAGAGAGCAAGUUCAAGAUGCCCAAGUUCAAGAUGCCCUCCUUUGGCAUGUCGGCGCCUGGGAAGACAAUCGAAGCCUCGCUGGAGGUCUUGGUACCGAAGCCGGGGGCAGACGUGGCUCUGCCCUCCAUCCAGGGUGACCUGAAGACCCCUGACGUCAGCAUUCAGCUGCCCUCCUCCGACCUGGAGGUGGGUGUCAAGCUGCCCGAGGGAGAGCUGCCCGCACCCGCGGCCAUGGAAGCCGGCCUGAAGGAUCACCUACCCAAGGUGCAGAUGCCCAGCCUAAAGAUGCCCAAAGGGGACCUCAGGGGUCUCCAAGUGGACCUGAAGGGUCCCAAAGCCGAGAUGACCACGCCUGAGGUGGAGAUGUCUCUUCCCGGAGUGGAGGUGGACAUCCAGGAACCUGGUGCCAAGCUGGAGGGGGACCUGGCCCUGGCCGACAGGGACACCGUGGCCACCAAAGACAGCAAGUUCAAGAUACCCAAGUUCAAGAUGCCAUCAUUCAGCAUGCUGGGGCCCGGGAAGGCCACCGAGGCCUCACUGGAGGUGAUGGCGCCAAAGGCGGAGUCCGACGUGGACGUUCCCUCCAUCCAGAGCGACCUGAAGACCCCUGACAUCAGCAUUCAGCUGACCUCCGCCGACCUGGAGGGCAAGGCCAGCCUGGUGGACGACAAACUGCCUGAGGGCCAGCUGCCCGAAGGUGAGCUACCAGCUCCCGCUGCCGUGGGAUGUGGCCUGAAGGGGCACCUGCCCAAGGUGCAGAUGCCCAGGGUCAGGAUGCCCAAAGUGGACUUCAAGGGCCCCCAGGUGGACCUGAAGGGUGCCAAGGUGGACUUGAAAGACCCCAAGGCCGAGGUGACCACGACAGAGAUCGAGAUGCCCCUGCCCGGCGUGGAGGUGGACAUCCAGGCCCCUGGUACAAAGCUGGAGCAGGACCAGGCCUUGACUGAGAAGGAUGCUGUGGCCUCCAAAGACAGCAGGUUCAAGAUGCCCAAGUUCAAGAUGCCCUCCUUUGGCGAGUCGGCGACUGGGAAGACCAUCGAAGCCUCGCUGGAGGUCUCGGCACCGAAGCCGGGGGCGGACGUGGCCCUGCCCUCCAUCCAGGGUGACCUGAAGACCCCUGACGUCAGCAUUCAGCUGCCCUCUGCAGACCUGGAGGUGGGCAUCAAGCUGACGGAGGGCCAGCUGCCCGAGAGACAGCUGCCCACACCUGCAGCUAUGGAAGCCGGCCUGAAGGAUCACCUACCCAAGGUGCAGAUGCCCAGCGUCAGGAUGCCCAAAGUGGACCUCAAGGGCCCCAAAGCUGAGGUGACCGCGCCUGACGUGGAGAUGUCUCUGCCCGGAGUCGAUGUGGACAUCCAGGCCCCCGGUGCCAAGUUGGAGGCGGAUCUGACCCUGGCCAACAAUGAUGCCUCGUCCAACAAAGACAGCAGGUUCAAGAUGCCCAAGUUCAAGAUGCCCUCCUUCGGUGUGUCAGCGCCCGGGAAGACCAUUGAAGCCUCACUGGAAGUCUCGGAACCGAAGCCGGGGGCAGACAUGGCACUGCCCUCCAUCCAGGGAGACCUGAAGACCCCUGAUGUCAGCAAUCAGCUGACCUCCGCCAACCUGGAGGGCAAGGCCGGCCAGAUGGAUGUCAAACUGCCGGAGGGCCAGCUGCCCGAGGGUGAGCUACCGGAUCCUGCUCCCGCGGGACCCAGCCUGAAGGGCCACCUGCCCAAGGUGUUAAUGCCCAGCCUCAAGAUGCCCAAAGUGGACCUCAAGGGCCCCCGGGUGGACCUGAAGUGCGCCAAAGUGGACGUGAAGGGCCCCAAGGCCGAGGUGACUGUGCCUGAGAUGGAACUGUCCCUGCCCAGGUCGGAGGUGGAAAUCCAGGCCCCCAGUGCCAAGCUGGAAGGGGACCUGGCGCUGGCCGACAAUGAAGCCUUGUCCACCAAAAACAGCAAGUUCAAGAUGUCCAAGUUCAAGAUGCCCUCCUUCGGCAUGUUGGCUCCCGGGACAACCAUCGAAGCCUCGCUGGAGGUCUUAGCACCGAAGCCGGGUACGGACGUGGUGCUGCCCUCCGUCCAAGUCGACCUGAAGACCCCUGACUUCAGCAUUCAGCUGCCCUCCGCCGACCUGGAGGGCAAGGCUGGCAAGGUGGAUGUCAAACUGCCAGAGGGCCAGCUGCCCGAGGGUGAGCUACCAGUUCCCACUGCCACAGGACCUGGCCUGAAUGGGCACCUGCCCAAGGUGCAGAUGCCCAGCGUCAGGAUGCCCAAAGUGGACCUCAAGGCCACCCAGGUGGACCUAAAGGGCUCCAAGGUGGACCUCAAAGGCCGCAAGGCCGAGGUGACUGCGACAGAGUUCGAGGUGGCCCUGCCCGGUGUGGAGGUAGACAUCCAGGCCCCUGGUGCAAAGCUGGUGCGGGACGAGGACUUGGCUGAGAAGGCCGCCGUGGCUGCCAAAGACAGCAAGUUCAAGAUGCCCAAGUUCGAGAUGCCCUCAUUCAGCGUGUCGGCGCCCAGGAAGACCAUCAAGGCCUCGCUGGAGGUCUCAGCACUGAAGCCGGGGGCGGACAUGGCCCUGCCCUCCAUACAGGGUCACCUGAAGACCCCUGACAUCAGCAUUCAGCUGCCCUCCGCCGACCUGGAGGUGGGCGUCAAGCUUCCGGAGGGCCAGCUGCCCACACCCACAGCUGUGGAAGCCGGCCUGAAGGAUCACCUACCCAAGGUGCAGAUGGCCAGCCUAAAGAUGACCAAAGUGGACCUAAAGAGCCCCCAAGUGGACCUGAAGGGUCGGAAAGCCGAGGUGACUGCGCCCGAGAUGGAGAUGUCUCUGCCUGGACUGGAGGCAGACAUCCAGGCCCCCAGUGCCAAACUGGAGGCGGACCUGGCCCUGGCCGACAGGGACGAUGUGGCCACCAAAGACAGCAAGCUCAAGAUCCCCAAGUUCAAGAUGCCAUCAUUCAGCGUGUCGGUGCCCAGGAAGAACCUCGAAGCCUCGCUGGCGGUCUCGGCACCAAAGCCGGAGGCAGACGUGGGCCAUCCCUCCAUCCAGGGUGACAUGAAGACCCCUGACAUCAGCGUUCAGUUGCCCUCCACCGAGCUGGAGGGCAAGGCCAGCCAGGUGGACGUCAGGCUGCCGGAGGGAGAGCUGCCCGCACCCGAUGCGGCGGGACCCGGCCUGAAGGGGCACUUGCCCAAGGUGCAGAUGCCCAGCCUCAAGAUGCCCAAAGUGGACCUCAAGGGCCCCCAAGUGGCCCUGAAGGGCGCCAAGGUGGACGUGAAGGGCCCCAAGGCCGAGGUGACCACGCCCAAGAUGGAGCUGACCCUGCCCGGUGCAGAAGUGGAAAUCCAGGCCCCUGGUGCCAAGCUGGAAGGGGACCCAGCGCUGGCUGACAACGACAACUUGGCCACCAAAGACAGCAAGUUCAAGAUGCCCAAGUUCAAGAUGCCCUCCUUUGGUGUGUCAGCGCCCGGGAAGACCAUCGAAGCCUCACUGGAGGUCUUGGCACCAAAGCCGGGGGCGGACGUGGCCCUGCCCUCCAUCCAGGGUGACCUGAAGACCCCUGAUGUCAGCAUUCAGCUGCCCUCCGCUGACCUGGAGGUGGGCGUCAACCUGCCCAAGGGAGAGAUGCGUGCACCCGUGGCCAUGGAAGCCGGCCUGAAGGAUCACCUACCCAAGGUGCAGAUGCCUAGCCUAAGGAUGCCCAAAGUGGACUUCAAGGGACCCCAAGUGGACCUGAAGGCCCCCAAAGCUGAGGUGACCACACCCGAGGUGGAGAUGUGUCUGUCGGAAGUGGAGGUGGACAUCCAGGCCCCCAGUGCCAAGAUGGAGGGGGACCUGGCCCUGGCCGACAGGGACACCGUGGCCACCAAAGACAGCAAGUUCAAGAUGCCCAAGUUCAAGAUGUCCUCAUUCGGCAUGCCGGGGCCCACGAAGGCCACCGAGGCAUCACUGGAGGUGACUGUGCCAAAGCCAAAGUCCGACGUGGACGUUCCCUCCAUCCAGAGCGACCUGAAGACCCCUGACAUCAGCAUUCAGCUGACCUCCUCCAUCCUGGAGGGCAAGGCCGGCCAGGUGGAUGUCAAACUGCCUGAGGGCCAGCUGACCGAGGGUGAGCUACCAGCUCCAGAUGGCGUGGAACGCGGCCUGAAGGGGCACCUGCCCAAGGUGCAGACACCCAGUUUCAGGAUGCCCAAAGUGGACUUCAAGGGCUCCCAUGUAGACCUGAAGGGUGCCAAGGUGGAUGUGAAAGGCCCCAAGGCCGAGGUGACCACAACAGAAAUCGAGGUGCCCCUGCCCGGCGUGGAGGUAGACAUCCAGGCCCCCGGUGCAAAGCUGGUGCGGGACCAGGCCUUGGCUGAGAAGGACACCGUGGCUGCCAAAGACAGCAGGCUCAAGAUGCCCAAGUUCAAGAUGCCCUCCUUCGGCGUGUCAGCGCCUGGGAAGACCAUCGAGGCCUCACUGGAGGUCUCGGUACCAAAGCUGGGGGUGGACAUGGCCCUGCCCUCCAUCCAGGGUGACCUGAAAACCUCUGAUGUCAGCAUUCAGCUGACAUCCACUGACCUGGAUGUGGGUGUCAAGCUGCCGGAGGGCCAGCUGCCCAAGGGUGAGCUACCAGAUCCCGCUGCCGCGGGACCCGGCCUGAAGGGGCACCUGCCCAAGGUGGAGAUGCCCAGCCUCAAGAUGCCCAAAGUGGACCUCAAGGGCCCCCAGGUGGACCUGAAGGGCGCCAAGGUGGACGUGAAGGGCCCGAAGGCCGAGGUGACGGCACCUGAGAUGGAGCUUUCCCUGCCAGGCACGGAAGUGGAAAUCCAGGUCCCCGGUGCCAAACUGAAAGGGGACCCGGCGCUGGCCGAGAAUGACGCCUUGGCAGCCAAAGACAGCAAGUUUAAGAUGCCCAAGUUCAAGAUGCCCUCCUUCGGCGUGUCGGUGCCCGGGAAGACCAUCGAAGCCUCGCUUGAUGUCUCGGCACCAAAGCCGGGGUUGGACGUGGCCCUGCCCUCCAUCCAGGGUGACCUGAAGACCCCUGACAUCAGCAUUCAGCUGCCCUCCGCCGACCUGGAGGUGGGCGUCAAGCUUCCGGAGGGCCAGCUGCCCACACCCACAGCUGUGGAAGCCGGCCUGAAGGAUCACCUACCCAAGGUGCAGAUGGCCAGCCUAAAGAUGACCAAAGUGGACCUAAAGAGCCCCCAAGUGGACCUGAAGGGUCGGAAAGCCGAGGUGACUGCGCCCGAGAUGGAGAUGUCUCUGCCUGGACUGGAGGCAGACAUCCAGGCCCCCAGUGCCAAACUGGAGGCGGACCUGGCCCUGGCCGACAGGGACGAUGUGGCCACCAAAGACAGCAAGCUCAAGAUCCCCAAGUUCAAGAUGCCAUCAUUCAGCGUGUCGGUGCCCAGGAAGAACCUCGAAGCCUCGCUGGCGGUCUCGGCACCAAAGCCGGAGGCAGACGUGGGCCAUCCCUCCAUCCAGGGUGACAUGAAGACCCCUGACAUCAGCGUUCAGUUGCCCUCCACCGAGCUGGAGGGCAAGGCCAGCCAGGUGGACGUCAGGCUGCCGGAGGGAGAGCUGCCCGCACCCGAUGCGGCGGGACCCGGCCUGAAGGGGCACUUGCCCAAGGUGCAGAUGCCCAGCCUCAAGAUGCCCAAAGUGGACCUCAAGGGCCCCCAGGUGGACCUGAAGGGAGCCAAGGUGGAUGUGAAGGGUCCCAAGGCCGAGGUGACCGCGCCUGAGAUGGAACUGUCCCUGCCCAGGGCGGAAGUUGAAAUCCAGGUCCCCGGUGCCAAGCCAGAAUGGGACCUGGCGCUGGCCGACAACAACGCCUUAUCCGCCAAAGACAGCAAGUUCAAGAUGCCCAAGUUCAAGAUGCAAUCCUUCCACGUGUCGGCGCCCGGGACGACCAUCGAAGCCUCGCUAGAGGUCUCGGCUCCGAAGCCGGGGGUGGACGUGGCACUGCCCUCUGUCCAGGUCGACCUGAAGACCCCUGACCUCAGCAUUCAGCUGCCCUCUGCCGACCUGGAGAGCAAAGCCGGCCAGGUAGAUGUCAAACUGCCGGAGGGUCAGCUGCCCGAGGGUGAGCUGCCAGCUCCCGCUACCGCGGGACCCGACCUGAAAGGGGACCUGCCCAAGGUGCAGAUGCCCAAUGUCAGGAUGCCCAAAGUGGACCUCAAGUGCCCCCGUGAGGACCUGAAGGGCGCCAAGGUGGACCUGAAAGGCCCCAAGGCCAAGGUGACCAUGACAGAGCUCGAGGUGACCGUGCCCAGCGUGGAGGUGGAUAUCCAGGGCCCCGGUGCAAAGCUGGUGCGGGACCAGGCCUUGGCCGAGAAGGACGCCGUGGCCGCCAAAGACAGCAAGUUCAAAAUGCCUAAGUUCAAGAUGCCCUCAUUCGGUGUGUCGGCGCCCGGGAAGACCAUCGAAGCCUCGCUGGAGGUGUCGGCUCAGAAGGCGGGGGCGGACGUGGUGCUGCCCUCCAUCGAGGGUGACCUGAAGACCCCUGACCUCAGCAUUCAGCUGCCCUCUGCUGACCUGGACGGCAAGGCUGGCCAGGUGGAUGUCAAACUGCCAGAGGGCCAGUUGCCCACACCCCCGGCUGUGGAAGCUGGCCUGAAGGAUCACCCACCCAAGGUGCUGAAGCCCAGCCUCAAGAUGCCCAAAGUGGACCUCAAGGGACCCCAAGUGGACCUGAAGGGCCCCAAAGCUGAGGUGACCACACCCAUGGUGGAGAUGUCUCUGCCCGGAGUGGAGCCGGACAUCCAGGCCCCCGGUGCCAAGCUGGAGGCGGACCUGGCCCUGGCCGACAGGGACACUGUGGCCGCCAAAGACAACAAGUUCAAGAUGCCCAAGUUCAAGAUGCCCUCCUUCGUGGACCUCAAGGGCCCCCAGGUGGACCUGAAGGGCGCCAAGGUGGACGUGAAGGGCCCGAAGGCCGAGGUGACGGCACCUGAGAUGGAGCUUUCCCUGCCAGGCACGGAAGUGGAAAUCCAGGUCCCCGGUGCCAAACUGAAAGGGGACCCGGCGCUGGCCGAGAAUGACGCCUUGGCAGCCAAAGACAGCAAGUUUAAGAUGCCCAAGUUCAAGAUGCCCUCCUUCGGCGUGUCGGUGCCCGGGAAGACCAUCGAAGCCUCGCUUGAUGUCUCGGCACCAAAGCCGGGGUUGGACGUGGCCCUGCCCUCCAUCCAGGGUGACCUGAAGACCCCUGACAUCAGCAUUCAGCUGACCUCUGCCGACCUGGAUGUGGGCGUCAAGCUGCCGGAGGGCCAACUGCCCGAGGGUGAGCUACUGGAUCCCGCUGCCGCAGGACCCAGCCUGAAGGGGCACCUGCCCAAGGUGCAGAUGCCCAGCCUCAAGGUGGCCAAAGUGGACCUCAAGGGCCCCCAGGAGGACCUGAAGGGCGCCAAGGUGGACCUGAAGGGCCCCAAGGCUGAGGUGACUGCGCCUAAGAUGGAGCUGUCCGUGCCCGGCGCGGAGGUUGAAAUCCAGGCCCCCAGUGCCAGACUGGAAGGGGACCUGUCGCUGGCCGACAAUGAUGCGUUGUCCACCAAAGACAGCAAGUUCAAGAUGCCCAAGUUCAAGAUGCCCUCCUUCGGCGUGUCGGCGCCGGGGAAGACCAUCGAAGCCUCGCUGGAAGUCUCGGCACCGAAGCCGGGGGUGGACGUGGCACUGCCCUCCAUCCAGGGCGACCUGAAGACCCCUGACGUCAGCAUUCAGCUGCCCUCUGCUGACCUGGAGUUGGGCGUCAAGCUGCCAGAGGGCCAGCUGCCCGCACCUGCGCCCAUGGAAGCCAGCCUGCAGGAUCACCUACCCAUGGUGCAGAUGCCAAGCCUAAAGAUGCCCAAAGUGGACCUCAAGGGUCUCCAAGUGGACCUGAAGGGUCCCAAAGCCGAGGUGACUGUGCCCGAGGUGGAGAUGUCUCUGCCCGGAGUGGAGGAGGAUAUCCAGGCUCCCGGUGCCAAGCUGGAGGUGGACCUGGUCCUGGUCGACAGGGACGCCGUGGCCGCCAAAGACAGCAGGUUCAAGAUGCCCAAGUUCAAGAUGCCCUCCUUUGGCAUGUCGGCGCCCAGGAAGACCAUCGAAGCCUCGCUGGCGGUCUCGGCAACAAAGCCAGAGGUGGAUGUGGCCCUGCCCUCCAUCCAGGGUGACGUGAAGACCCCUGACAUCAGCGUUCAGUUGCCCUCCACCGAGCUGGAGGGCAAGGCCAGCCAGGUGGACGUCAGGCUGCCGGAGGGAGAGCUGCCCGCACCCGAUGCGGCGGGACCCGGCCUGAAGGGGCACUUGCCCAAGGUGCAGAUGCCCAGCCUCAAGAUGCCCAAAGUGGACCUCAAGGGCCCCCAGGUGGACCUGAAGGGCGCCAAGGUGGAUGUGAAGGGCCCCAAGGCCGAGGUGACCACGCCCGAGAUGGAGCUGUCCCUGCCCGGUGUGGAGGUGAAAAUCCCCGCCCCGCCCAAGGUGCUGAAGCCCAGCCUAAAGAUGCCCAAAGUGGACCUCAAGGGCCCCCAGGUGGACCUGAAGGGCGCCAAGGUGGACGUGAAGGGCCCCAAGGCCGAGGUGACCGCGCCCGAGAUGGAGCUGUCCCUGCCCGGUGUGGAGGUGAAAAUCCCUGCCCCCGGUGCCAAGCUGGAAGGGGACCUGGCGCUGGCCGACAACGACGCCUUGGCCACCAAAGAUAGCAAGUUCAAGAUGCCCAAGUUCAAGAUGCCUUCAUUCAGCAUGCCGGCGCCCGGGAAGGCCACUGAGGCCUCGUUGGAGGUGACGGCACCAAAGCCGGAUUCGGAUGUGGACGUUCCCUCCAUCCAGAGCGACCUGAAGACCCCUGACUUCAGCAUUCAGCUGACCUCCGCCGACCUGGAGGGCAAGGCCGGCCAAGUGGGCAUCAAACUGCCAGAGGGCCAGCUGCCCGAGGGUGAGCUACCAGCUCCCACUGCCACUGGACCCGUCCUGAAGGGGCACCUGCCGAAGUUGCAGAUGCCCAGCGUCAGGAUGCCCAAAGUGGACCUCAAGGGCCCCCGUGAGGACCUGAAGGGCGCCAAGGUGGACCUGAAAGGCCCCAAGGCCAAGGUGACCAUGACAGAGCUCGAGGUGACCGUGCCCAGCGUGGAGGUGGAUAUCCAGGGCCCCGGUGCAAAGCUGGUGCGGGACCAGGCCUUGGCCGAGAAGGACACUGUGGCCGUCAAAGACAGCAAGUUCAAGAUGCCCAAGUUCAAGAUGCCCUCCUUCGGCGUGUCGGUGCCCGGGAAGACCAUCGAAGCCUCGCUUGAUGUCUCGGCACCAAAGCCGGGGUUGGACGUGGCCCUGCCCUCCAUCCAGGGUGACCUGAAGACCCCUGACGUCAGCAUUCAGCUGCCUUCCGCCAACCUGGAGGUGGGCAUCAAGCUGCCAGAGGGCCAGCUGCCCAAGGGAGAGCUGCCCGCACCCGCGGCCAUGGAAGCCGGCCUGAAGGAUCACCUACCCAAGGUGCUGAAGCCCAGCCUAAAGAUGCCCAAAGUGGACCUCAAGGGCCCCCAAGUGGCCCUGAAGGGCGCCAAGGUGGACGUGAAGGGCCCCAAGGCCGAGGUGACCACGCCCAAGAUGGAGCUGACCCUGCCCGGUGCAGAAGUGGAAAUCCAGGCCCCUGGUGCCAAGCUGGAAGGGGACCCAGCGCUGGCUGACAACGACAACUUGGCCACCAAAGACAGCAAGUUCAAGAUGCCCAAGUUUAAGAUGCCCUCCUUUGGCGUGUCGGCGCCCGUGAAGACCAUCGAGGCCUCACUGGAGGUCUCGGCAACGAAGCCAGGGGCGGAUGUGGCCCUGCCCUCCAUCCAGGGUGACCUGAAGACCCCUGACGUCAGCAUUCAGCUGCCCUCCGCCAACCUGGAGGUGGGCAUCAAGCUGCCAGAGGGCCAGCUGCCCAAGGGAGAGCUGCCCGCACCCGCGGCCAUGGAAGCCGGCCUGAAGGAUCACCUACCCAAGGUGCAGAUGCCCAGCCUAAAGAUGCCCAAAGUGGACCUCAAGGGCCCCCAAGUGGACCUGAAUGGGCCCAAAUCCGAGGUGACUGCGCCCGAGGUGGAGAUGUCUCUGCCUGGAGUGGAGGUAGCCAUCCAGGCCCCUGGUGCCAAGCUGGAGGCGGACCUGGCCCUUGCCGAGAAGGACACCGUGGGUGCCAAAGACAGCAAGUUCAAGAUGCCCAAGUUCAAGAUGCCCUCCUUCGGCAUGUCAGCGCCCAGGAAGGCCAUCGAAGCCUCGCUGGCGGUCUCGGCACCAAAGCCGGAGGUGGACGUGGCCCAUCCCUCCAUCCAGGGUGACGUAAAGACCCCUGACAUCAGCGUUCAGUUGCCCUCCACCGAGGUCGAGGGCAAGGCCGGCCAGGUGGACGUCAGGCUGCCGGAGGGCCAGCUGCCCGAGGGAGAGCUGCCUGCACCCGAUUCCACAAGAGCUGUCCUGAAGGGGCACCUGCCCAAGGUUCAGAUGCCCAGCCUCAAGAUGCCCAAAGUGGACCUCAAGGGCCCCCAGGUGGACCUCAAGUGCGCCAAGGUGGACAUGAAGGGCCCCAAGGCUGAGGUGACCACGCCCGAGAUGGAGCUGUCCCUGCCCGGCGCGGAGGUGGACAUCCAGGCCCCCGGUGCCAAGCUGGAAGGGGACCUGGUGCUGUCCGACAAUGACACCUUGGCCGCCAAAGACAGCAGGUUCAAGAUGCCCAAGUUCAAGAUUCCCUCCUUCGGCGUGUCGGCGCCCGUGAAGACCACUGAGGCCUCGCUGGAGGUGACGGUGCCAAAGCCGGAGUCAGACGUGGCCCUGCCUUUCAUCCAGGGCGACCUGAAGACCCCUGACGUCAGCAUUCAGCUGCCCUCUGCCGACGUGGAGGUGGGUGUUAAGCUGCCAGAAGGCCAGCUGCCCGAGGGAGAGCUGCCCGUACCUGCUGCAGAGGGAGUCGGCCUGAAGGGGCACCUGCCCAAGGCACAGAUGACGAGUCUCAAGAUGCCCAAAGUGGACCUCAAGGGCCCCCACCCUGAGCUUUCAGAAGCUAACGUGGACUUUAAUUCCCCUGAGGGUUUCAGUGUAAGUGGCUCUAUGGACAUUUUCCUGCACAGUCAUUCACCUUUCCCUGGGGCUUCUCAAUCUUUCCUUUCUGAUGUGAGUUUUGUUUCGUCUCAUGGUGAAUCUCGUUCUGAUUUGGUUCCUUCUAUCCUUCCUUCUUUUCAUGCUAGACUAAUGUUUCCGAAAUUUCAUAAACCGAAGUUUAUAUUUCCUGUUCCUUCCUCAUCAGUAUGUAUCCUUCAUCCCCAGGGCAGUGACAAUGGUGUGACCCUUUCCUCUCUUAAUAGUGAACCAACAUUAGACUCUGUUGAUUCUGUAAUAUCAUCCUCUGUCGCCCCACAUUCUCCUGAUAUUGAUGAGUGUUUCCCCCAUUCUACAAUAGCAUCCCCUUCUGAAGGCUCUACCCAUGCAGGAAAGAGCAGUCCCUUCAAAAUGCCCCAGAUCAAGAUACCUCCAUUUUCUCCAUCUCCCAAGAAAGGGACAGAACCUGAUACUGAUUCUGUGUCCCACUCCGAUGAUCCUAUUCCUAGCCUGCGUGUGUGUACCUCUGUCAUGGACAGUGAGCCUGCCUCCUGUGUGUCCCCAUCUGAAGUGCACCAACACACGUCUGGAGACAAGGACUCUGAGAAGGGAAGGAGUCGGAAACCAAGCUUCUCUAUGCCGAGGCUUGCACUACCCAAGAUAAAAACUUCUAAAGGGCAGGCUGGCUUACGACAGGGAGACAUCAAUGCUUCACUCCCUAGUGCCACAGCUGGCGGUGACCUGGUAGUCACACAAACAGCCAUCAGCGAUCACAGUGAUGGCGCCACCGGUCCAAAGGAUGUUACCACAGGAGAAUUCAUGAGCAUCCAGUUACCACAGUCCUCCAUUCCCUCUUCCAAACCCAGUGUCAGAUCCUCUUUCAUGCCAGGUGAAGAGACCCAAUCAAACACUGAGGUUCCAAAGUAUGACCUGGCUGUGGGAGGGGUCAGCAAGGACAGUGUGUUUGGGGGUCUCUCCUCAAUCCAGUACCAUGGGGAGUUGACUUCGCCCAUAGCAGAAGACCCUUUGCAGCUGUCUGUUGGACAAAGAGAUGAUGCCCUCUCUAUGGAAAGUCCAGAGGAGGGCCCCACAGCAAGAGCAAAGCCAGCAGACUCACAUGAAGGCUGGUUCAGAAUGCCCAAGUUCCGUUUGCCUGGCUUCAGGCGCUCCUCCUCUAAGGAACGGGAUGAGGCUGGGGAAGAGGCAAAUACUCAGACACACAUGCCCGUUGCCAGCACGCCGUUAGAGGCAGAAGCAGCAGCAUCAGCCAGUGUGCAACUGUCCCACGAUUCUGGGUCAAAGGUGGAAGCACAUGUCUCAGCAGUGCUCCCCGAGGAUGGGGCCAGUGUGAGGUUCCCAGGGAGCCCAACAUAUGCAGAUAUUGUAAGACGUGAUCUCCAAGGAACAGGCUCCAGGCAGCCCCACCCAACUGUUGGAAUGUCCCAGACGUAUCUGCCCACCCCCGAAUUCAGGACCCUUCUAGCUGCAGACUCCCGUCCUCUUGAGAUGUCUGCUGUGAGACUCUCAGAACCCCAGAUUCCUCCAGAUGGAACAGGCCAGCAGCCUCAGUCUGGGCCUGGAGGACACCACCUUGCUGAAGUAGAGGGCAGAGCAGGGACACAGCCUUCCCAGCCAGAAGGGCCUCUGAAGCUGAGGGUUUCCUGCACUGACAUACGGUCCCAGGUUUCCAUGGUGAGCACGAGACAGCUCUGGGAGGAUUCUGUGCUGACUGUCACGUUCCCCAAACUAAAGGUACCCAGAUUCUCCUUCCCUGCUCCCAGCUCUGAGACCGAUGUGUUUUUCCCUGUAGUGAGGGAGGUGCAGUGUGUGGAGGCCAGCAUUGGCAGCGCCCUGGGUAAGGAUGGCCCAGGGCUCUGGGAAGCCAGCCUCCUGAAGACAGACAUUGAGGACCCCAGCAGACAUCCUGUGAACCUUGAGCAAUCCUUGGAAGUGCCCCCAGUUUCUAAGGUCAGAGUGCACAUUCAAGGGGACCAGGGUAGGAAUCAGGAAGCCACCAUUUGCAGCAGGGUGACACAAGAGGGUGCUGACCCUGCGGUGCCUGGGACCUUUUCCACUCAGAUUGUGCGGGAAUCAGAGAUCCCGGUAUCUACAGUUCAGACCCCUUCUUAUGGGUUUUCCUUAUUGAAAGUGAAAAUCCCAGAACCCCUUGUGCAAGCUAGCAUGUGUGCAGUGGCUCAGGACCCCCGGGCCCAGGAGGGCUUGGAUGGAGCUCCCAUGCCACCCUGUGUAGAAGUAGACUCUGCUCCUGGGGAUGUCCAACCUGACGCUGGGGAACCAUUUGAGAUGAUCUCUGCCAGCGCUGUCCUGCCACAGCUGCCACUCACACCUGAGGUGCCUUCUGGCCCCCAGAUUGCAGACAGUACCUCUGAUGAGGAGCCAGCAGAAAUUCUUGAGUUUCCUGAGGACAACCAGGAGGUAAAUACUCCUGACCUGACUACGAAAGACAAGCCAGAAGGUAAAAAGUCCAGCCUGUUGUGGUCGUGGCUUCCGAGUAUUGGGUUCUCCUCUGUGGAAGAGCCAGGUGCUGAUUCCAGAGACACUGCCCCCAAAUCGGAUCCCAUCCACACUCAGCCUGAAGCUCGGCUGGACCCCGAGCUGCCCAGGAAACAGGAGAAGGCAGGCUGGUUCCGGUUUCCCAAGUUAGGAUUCUCCUCUUCUCUUACCAAGAGGAACAGGAGUACCACAGAGGAAGGCCAGGCAGGACACAAGAUCCAGGAAGAAACUGUCACCUUUUUUGAUGCCCGAGAAAGCUUCUCUCCUGAGGAGGAGGAGGAGGAGGAGGAGGAGGAGGAAGGUGAGCCAGGGUCAGACUCCAGGGCGAUGGUGACAUCCUCCGCGAGAACAGAACUAAUACUGUUGGAGCAGGACAGAAACACCAGUGACAAAACUGCACCCAGGUCUGUGGCCAAAUGAAGGCCAGAGGUGAGAGUCAGCAGAAGAGACACACAAGCAGUCGGGGGCUGGCCACCAUGCGAGCACUCUACUCUGCAAGGCAUGAUACCCGCCUCGAUCCACAGAACUGAGACCAAAGCAGAGAUGAGCAGCAUCUCCGUGUCCCAUCACACAGCCCUUG